AUUGACAGCUAGUGGGGGUUAGGGGCCUUACGGCUAGAUUGAAUUGCACUUGCAUGCGCCCACAUAAUUUCCCGUUAUAUGAUAAAAAUUGGUUAUUUAAUAACCGUUCAAUAUUCGGUGAAACACUUUAAGAUAAAUAAAACAGUGUAUUCGUUACAAAAUGUCGCACCAAACCGGAAUUCAAGCUAAUGCAGAAUUAAAGAAGUACAUCAGUAAAUGUAGAGAUGGGAAAAUCAGAUUAUUAAAAAUAAGCAUAGAAAAUGAGGAAUUAACAUUAGCGAAAUAUCAAUCGGUCAAAGGAUCAUUUGAGCAAGAUUUUGAUAAAUAUAUACCAUCCUUAAUUGUAGAAGAUCUUCCAUGUUAUAUUUUAUAUAGGUUCGACACAUCUAACUCCUUGGGAUAUGAGUGGCUUUUACUCAGUUGGUCUCCAGAUAGUGCCCCCGUGAGACAGAAAAUGUUGUAUGCGUCAACAAAAGCAACACUAAAGCAGGAAUUUGGUUCAGCACACAUCAAAGAUGAAAUGCAUGCCACAAGCAAGGAAGAAGUAUGUUUGAAAGGUUAUCAAAUUCAUGUAAGCGGUGUCAACGCUCCAGCUCCUCUCACCGACAGGGAGGAGGCUUUGAAAGAAUUACGGCAAAGUGAACAUGAUCCAAACUAUAGCACAGACUCAAGACAAUCGACUAUGGGAGGAAUAUCAUUUCCUAUAACAGAAUCAGCUAAACAGGGUAUACUUGAUCUCCAACGUGGUUCCUAUAACUAUCUACAGUUUAAAAUAGAUUUAGAGGAAGAGAAAAUUUGCCUAUCAAAAGCGGCAAUAAUAAGUCUGACUGAGUUACCAGCCCAAGUUCCGAGCGACCAAGCGAGAUACCACGUAUACAUAUUCAAGCACACACAUGAGGGUGACCAUAUGGAAAGUGUGGUGUUUAUCUACUCAAUGCCCGGUUACAGCUGCAGUAUAAAGGAACGAAUGAUGUAUUCUAGUUGUAAAGGUCAAUUCUUAGAAAUCAUGGAAAAAAUGGGCCUCGUCGUGGAAAAGAGGCUGGAAAUAGACGACGGUAAGGAAUUGACCGAGGAAUAUCUGUACGAUGAAAUUCAUCCAAAGAGGAAUUUGCAUCGGCCGGCUUUCGCAAAGCCAAAAGGUCCGCCGAAUAGAGGAGCGAAAAGGAUAACAAAAGCACAGUCAACACAAUAAUUUAUUUAUCUAUCUUUAUUUCAAUAAAUAUAUUUAAGCUGUCUUGUUUCUAAAAUGUACUUUUCAUCAAUCCUAUUGUGAUAUCAGAAUAUUUUAAAUAAUGUGCAUGACGCAUGUAAAAAAGAUUUAUAAAUGGCUGAAUUAUUUUGGUACGGACAGCAAAAAAAAAAUUUAGAUCAAACUGUCUAUGCUUAAAAUAUUUACAGAUUUUUUUUUUAAAUAAUAAACGAAUGUUCGCGAACUGAUUAACAAGAAUUGGCAGGAAAUAGGCCGCCAUUUGUAAAUCUUUUCUUUAUUAACCUAAUUUAUAAUGAAUUUAUAUGCUUUUGGCUUAUACUCAAUAUUCAAUAUUUAAAAAAGCUUCCCAAUUUUUUUAUUAAUUUAUCGUAUUAACAUUGAUACUUUUUUCCGAUUUACUUUUUAUUUCAACGAUAAAUAUAAUAGUUUAUUAUUUGAAGCGAACCUUCAAAGAUUUAACUAAAAUUAUAUUACAAGACAUUUUUCAAAUAUAAUAGAUACCGAAGUAGCUGGGGUUAGGGAGGAUGGUAUAAUGAACUCCCGUGCCUCCAAAGGAUGUAAAGCCGUUGGUCGUGCGUCUCAACCCUGGUCAUGUCUGAUUUAGCUCUAUGUCAUAUAUUCUUCGACAUUGCUACUCGCGACAGUGUGCGCCUGACAUAUGACACGAAAAUGAGACUCUAUACAACGGCCCUCAGCUUAUUAAGGUAGCGUCAUACAUGAUAGUUAACCAUAAGAAGUACACUUCCAAAUAAAAUUUAACUUCAUAAAGUAAUGAUAAAUUGGUAUAUAAAAAGCUGUUAUGCUAUUUCACUUGUUAAAACGUCACUUAUAAAUUAAGAACGGAAAAUGUAUAAUUUGUAUUAAUUGACCAUUAUACUGUUGUAAAGCAAUAAAAUUAUGAAUGAGCAGUAUUAAAACAAUUACAGUAUUUCUUAAGCUUAAUGGUUGUUUUGUGCAAUAAUUUCUGAACUAAACCUUUUAAGCAAUACAAUAAUUAUACAAUGUACGGUACAAUAUCGUACAGCAUAAGAAAAAAAAAAAAAAAAAACAUGUUAAACCGUUUUAAUGUAUUUCAUUAUCAAAUGUUUACCUAAAUUUGAGAACAAUACUCUAAAAGUAUACAUAGAUGGAUUAAAUAUAUUUUAAUUGUGAUUAUAGUUUUUGUUGUAUUUUUAAAAAUUAAUAAUAUUUUUUGUACGCUCAACACUUUUCAACGUAAUGAUGUGUCAUAAUAAUGAGUUUAUAUUAAAUGAAUAAGGAGAGCGUUUAGUCUCGGCUGAUUUUAAUAAACGACAAUCGACUUUGUUCCAAAUUUGAAACGGUACGUUUUUAAAACAUAUUUAUUUUUAUUGUUUCAUUACCAAUAAGGUUACACGAACGUAUGUUGUAAAAUAUUUUUACCCAAAAUGUCUCAAAUACAAUGAAAUAUAUCCCCGUCGAUAAUAUUAACUUAAACUUCCAACUCUGAUAAUUGUUUUUGUUUACUUUAAAUAUGA